AUGCGUUCGAUCCUCAGCGGCUUUGCUGCCGUGGCGCUGGCUGGCGCUGGCCUCGCCGCCGGGCAGUUCGUCUUCCCGACGGGCUCGACGCGGCUCAACGCCCGGGAGCAGUGCACCAUCCGCUGGAACACGGACGGGCUGCAGGCGCCUCUGUCCAUCAACCUCGUGCCCGGCGGCGUCGAUGGGGCGAAUGGCGGCGGCGGCGGUAAUGCCGUCACGGAGAAGAUUGCGGUCAACAUCCCCAACUCGGGCUCCCUCACAUGGACGCCCGACGCCUCCAUCGUCGCCCUCCCCUCCUUCGCCAUGGUCAUCCUCGACUCGCGCGGCGCCGUGGUCCUCACCUCGCAGCCCUUUGUCAUCGCCUCGCUCACCAAGCAGCGCGGGCAGCAGCAGCAGAAUCAGAAACAGAAGCAGCAGCAGCAGAAGCAGCAAGCGACGGCGACGAAGCGCCGCGGUGGUGGAGGAGCUGGCCGGACGCGUUCCGUCGAUAGGAUAGAGGCGACGGGUGUCGUGGGCGAUGACGGCAAGGCUGGGCUGAAGCCGUUGCCCAACGUUGCGGAUGGGAACAACAACAACAACAACAACAACGGCGAUGACGGGAAGAAGAAUCAGCAGCAGGGUGGAAAGAAGAAUAACAACAACAACAACCAGGGUAACGGCAAGAAUGGGAAGAAUCAGAAGGGCAAUGAUAACGACAAUAACGGCAACGGCAACAACCAGGGGAACAACAAGGGCGGCAACAAGAACCAGGACAAGAACAACGACAAGGACAACAACGCCGGCGACGCCAACACCAGCAUCUCGCUCAAGCCGCUCCCCAACGCCCCGGCCGGCACAGCCCAGCCCGCGUCCAGCCAGCCGGAAGCGUCAAAGACCGAGGAGCAGCAGCCAGCGGCAACAACAACAACGACAGCCGCGGCAUCUCCCUCUUCCUCCGCCGCCGAGGCCGAAGCCCCGUCCUCUCCCGCACCAGCACCCGAGGCACCGCCAGCCAGCACAACUUCAGCACCCGCAGGAGAGGCCGCCUCGCCAGCCGCCUCCUCCACGCCCGGCGCGGAAGCGACGCCCCCUCCCGCCGAGUCCGCACCGGCAGGCGAACAGCCCGUCGCCACCCUCACGCCCCUCGCCGCCGUGUCAGAGCGCGCCUUCGCCGCCGAGUCCGCCCCCGCGGACACUGCUGCCAGCGGCCUGGGACGUGGCGGCGACGACAACGGCGACGACGACUCGAACCCGCCGCUGCGCACCCUGUCCCGGCCCGGCAGCGGCAGCGGCGGCGGCACGAGAGUCACGCCGCGGCCCAUCUACACGACGCUGACCGACGUGGACAUCAGCCUGUCCGCCGCGGCGACGCCCGAUUCGGGCCGCAACUCCGGGCUGACCAACAACAAUUCCAAGUCGGAGAAAUCCGCCGCCGGGCGCGGCGCGGUCGGGGUCCGGUCGGAUGUCCUCGCGGGGCUGGCACUCGUCGUGGGAGUCAUGACGAUGAUGUGA